CUUUCUUACAAAAAAAUUUAUAAGAAACGAUUAAAGAAUGCAAAAUCCCCAUCUAAAGUAAAGAAGCAGAGCUAGAAAUCAGAGCAAACGGAUCAUGAUGCGAUACAAAGAGGAAAAAGAAGCAAAGAAGGAAGCUUUCAGGAAAUAUCUUGAGAGUAGUGGAGUUGUUGAUGCUCUCACCAAAGUCUUGGUUGCAUUGUAUGAGCAAAAUGACAAACCUUCUUCUGCUCUUGAAUUCAUUCAACAAAAAUUAGGCGGCCCAAGUUUGUCUGAAUAUGAAAAGCUGCAAGCUGAAAUGUCAGAGUUGCAAAAUAAGUAUAGUGAUCUGUUGGGAGCCCAUCAAGAAACUUGCAAAGAGUUGGAGGAACUUAAGAACUCACAUAAUGUUGCAUCUGCUACAGACACUACAGAUGGGGAGGCACCGAAGGACGACCCUUGAAUAUCCUGAGGAAAAAAUGGAGCACCACCAUGCUAAAUAAACAUUAAUAUUCGGACAAUAUCAAGUGAUUAUAAGAAACCAUUGUUCUGUGUUCCUAACUUGUUGUAUUCUUGGAAUGUAGUGUAUAGCAGGAUUUUUUUGUGUGUAUCUCUAUUACUGGUUAAUUUUUGUGAAAACAUUCCUUGAUUCUCUUUCAAUAUAAACGAAAUCUGAUCCUGAGUACU